AUGGCAUCAAACCUGACAAAAUUCAUCCAUUCCCUGGAUCCGAGAACCCUCCCCAGGGUCCUCCAAAUCCAGUCAGGCAUCUACUUCCAAGGCUCCAUUUAUGAAAUGUUUGGAAAUGAAUGCUGCCUGCCAACCGGAGAAUUGAUUAAAAUUACUGGGUUCAAAAUUAAUAAGAUCAUUGCAAGCAUCUGCGAGAGUAAUGAAGACAGCCAGUGCUCAGCCAGAAUUGAAUUGCCUCUGAAUUUUCCAGGUCUUUGUAAGAUUGUGGCUGAUAAAACUCCAUAUCUCAGCAUUGAAGAAAUCACAAGAAAGGUUUCUAUUGGGCCAACGCGACUGGGCCAUCCUUGCUUCUAUUGCAACAAAGACAUAAAAUUGGCAAAUUUCACCAUCAAACAAGGUGAGCAGAUCAUGUUCAACUCCGUGGAAGAGGUCAACGGGACACUGACUGUGAACUGCGGAGUGGUAAGAGAUAACCAGUCUCACUCCUUUACUUUGCCACUCUCACAAGAAGGAGAGUUCUAUGAAUGUGAAGAUGACCAUAUUUACACCCUGAAAGAGAUUGUUGAAUGGAAAAUCCCAAAAAGUAGAAACCGGAUUGUGAAAUUUACCAAUAUGUUACAUACGUGGGACUCCUCUAAUCCACUUCCUGAGAAUUUUGAUGGCUGUCUGAUUCUAGCACCGAUCUACGAAGUACAAGGAGUGAUGAAAUUUCGAAGGGAUAUAGUUCAUAUCCUCUCUGAUCUAGACAUUGAAGUCAUAGAUGUAACAGACUCUUAUGAUAUUAGCUGUUUCCUUCAGCCAUUAUCCAUGGAAGAUGUAUUUGAAAGGACAAGCAAAGAAUUUCCUAUGGUUGCUGAGGUAAUAGAAGGGCCCACAGGAAGACAGCAACCUUAUAAUUUAUUAUGUCCUGGGAAAGAAAUUGUCAUUCACAAAAAGUACCAGGCAAAAAGAAUCCUUGCAUCUGAGAUCAGAAGUGAUUCCCAUAAAAGACACUUUUUAAUUCCUGCCAGCUACAAAGGAAAGUUCAAAAGAAGACCUCGGGAGUUUCUAACUGCCUAUGACCUGGAGAUAGCAAGAAGUGACAAGGAGCAGCUUCAUGUUGUAGCAACUAAAGCUUUUGAUUCUCCCCAUGCAGAAUUGUUUUCUGUUUCUGUUGGAGACCAGUUUCUAGUUCAACAGCGCCAGACCGGAGAAGUCAUAUAUCAGGGAAGGAAGAAAGUGAUAGAUGUUUUGGCCUGUGAACAAAUACUAAGUGAGGCCUAUAAGAAAGUGCUUCUUCCUAUGUAUAUGGAAGGUGGCUUUGUAGAAGUGAUUCAUGACAAGAGACAGUACCAGCUUUCAGAGCUUUGCAAAGAGUUCCGCUUGCCCUUUAAUGUCAAAGUGUCUGUGAGGGAUCUCUCCAUUGAGGAGGAUGUCUUGGCUGCUAUGCCUGGACUGCAGCUUGAAGAAGAAACCACAGACUCUUACUUGCUAAUCAGCAGUGCUGGCGAUCCUGCGGACAGUUGGGAAAUUCCUGUGUAUCGUCUAAAUAUGUCUGUUCAGUUGCUCAGCAAAUCUGUUGCUGAAACUGUAUCCUCCCCAACUAGGACCAUUGUGGAAGAGAUCAGUGAAGAACAAUAUUACAUGGUGAGGAGAUUUGAAAACCAAGCCCUACACCCACCACCCAGACCUCCCAAAAAGCCAACAACACUGGAAUCAAAACCUCUUCUUACUCUAGCAGAACGAAGUGUGUCGGAUGCACCGCAUGCUGUGAAGAAUCUCUAUGUAGACACCACUAAGAAACUGUGCUCAGAUCAAGCUACUGCUGUUUCAGAAUUACAAGUUAGUUGUCAAAAUGAUUUAGUGCACUGGGAGAAUGAGGACGACGUGACUGGGACAGCUACAUUACUGGACAGCAGUGUGAUUAAAGGUCCAAUAAACAAUAUGCUUCUGGAGGAGAAGCACAGCUAUGAAUAUGUUGAUGAAAACGUAAUUGAAAACAUAAGGAAAAAAUUCCAAGAAAGCACAGUUCAAAAUAAAACGUAUCCCCUGAAGAAGAAGAGGGAAGAAACCUCUAAAAUGGAAUAA